AUGCUGGUAAAAUGCGAGACGAAGAGCCAGCGCGUGAAGAGCAUUUCCUUCCACCCGAAGAUCAACCUCAUCCUUGCAGGCCUGCACAAUGGAAUCAUUCAGCUAUGGGACUACCGCAUCGGGAUCCUAAUCGACAAAUUUGAGGAGCACGAGGGGCCCGUGAGGGGCAUAGAUUUCCACGCUGUGCAGCCCCUCUUCGUCAGUGGAGCAGACGAUUACCUAAUAAAGGUGUGGAAUAUGCAUUUGAAAAAAUGUGUCUUCAACUUAGUCGGCCAUCUGGACUACAUCAGGAAGGUGCAGUUCCAUUUGACGUACCCAUGGAUUCUAUCCACUUCAGAUGACCAAACCAUUAGAAUAUGGAACUGGCAGAGCAGAGUCUGUAUAGCGAUCUUGACAGGACACAAUCACUACGUAAUGUGUGCAGAGUUUCAUCCCACGCAGGAUCUAAUCAUUUCCAGCAGCUUGGAUAAGACUCUGCGAGUGUGGGACAUAAAACUGCUGCGAGAAAAGAACGUCAUAUUGACGAGUGAAAAUGUGAUGAGCGAUUUGCCCUACGGAUUAGGCAAAGGCGUCUACAACGCAGAUGUGUUAGUCUCACCUGGAGACAGCUUGAUGGGUAUAUACUCCUUCGUGUCGAAUAAUCAGCAUCUGCAACAUCAUCUUCAGCUUCAGCAGCAGCAACAAAAUAAUAAUAACAUGUUCGGUGCGUCGGACGCUAUUUGCAAGUUCGUCCUGGAGGGUCACGAGAAGGGAGUAAACUGCUGCACUUUUCACCACAAUCUACCGAUCAUUGCAUCCGGGUCCGAUGACAAGCUAGUGAAAUUGUGGAGGUAUAAUGACAACAAGUGCUGGGAGUUGGAUACCCUAAGGGGUCACUUCAAUAACGUCUCCAGUCUAGUUUUCCACCAAACGAAUGACGAUUUGCUGUUAACGAACAGUGAAGACAGGACUAUUCGUAUUUGGGAUAUCACCAAACGAGCAUGUAUUCAUACCUUUAGGAGAGAGAAUGACCGUUUCUGGAUUUUGUCCUUCAAAAGGAACUCCAAUUUAAUUGCUUCGGGUCAUGACUCAGGGAUGGUUAUCUUCAAGUUUGAGAAGGAGAAAUGUCCCUUCGACAAAUAUGGAACACUCCUCUUGUACGUGAAGGAGAAACGGAUUUAUGCUUACGACGUCAGGAGCAACAGGCACACCGGUUUGUGUCCCGUGAGGAAGAAUGGCAACGCGAUGGUGUCGGGGUAUCACAAGUUGGUAUAUAACCAAUUCUGCACCACGCACGUGAUGGUUCUUUUUGUCUACAAGGAGGAGGAUCAUUUCUCCUUCGACUUGAUCGUCUGCGACGCAAUUGGCGAGAGUGGUGGCGGCGGUGGUGCCGUAGGCGGCUCGCCAUCAAGGGGAGGCCUACACGGAGUGAUCUCCUCUGCGUUGCCCGCGGCCUCCCCCGCGAUGCCAUCCCCACUGCACUUCUUCAAGCCCCGGGCAAAGAACGCUAGCGCGAAUGUAUCCCCACAAAAAAGCAUGCAAGCGGCGCGAAGCCCAGAAGAGUUCAACCCGGACAGUGUGAAAUACCUGAUCAAAAACAAACAUUGCCAUUCUGUUGCAUUUUACACGAGAAAUAAGUACCUCCUUGUGGAGAAGAGAAGUGGAAACUACCUCCUGAGCAUUCAAAACAUACCGGAUGAUAACACCUCCAAACGAGUAGAAGUAUCCUUUAAGGUGGAAGGAGUGUACCCCCUGAACAACAACAAGGUAGUGAUCCUUUCGGAUAGCAAAAUAUACCUGUAUGAUAUAAGUGCAAAAAAGAUACUAAAUGAAAUGAAUCACACGGAUACGAUCAUUUCGGUGGAGAUACUUAAGGAGCACAACAUUGCCUUCGUAUUUAAGUACAACGUUGUUCUGACUACCAUCGAUUUGGUCCAUUUGUGCACAGUGCAUGAAUACAUUCGAGUCAAAAGUGGGGUCUGGGAUGAGGAAAACAAAAAUGUCUUCAUAUAUAACACACUGAGUCAUUUAAAGUACAUAUUGAUAAAUGGAGAAAAGGGACUCAUCAAAUGUCUGGAGGAUCCUGUGUACCUUUUUAAAAUAUACAAAAACAGAUUGUUCUACAUUACAAGGAAGCAGGAGGUGCUCAGUGAACCAUUAAACGAUACGGAGUAUCUAUUUAAGCUAUCCCUUGCAAACAAUGAUGAGCAAAGAGCGUAUCAUUAUUUAGACAUACAACAUAAGGGCAGCACCUUCGCUAAUGAGGCCCCCAGUGGAGAGAAGAAAAAACUCUACUUCAGUUACAACCUAAUGGGGUAUAUUAAAAAAAAGGGGUUCGCCAACUUGGCCGUCCAAAUGGUAAACAACAAUCAUACCCUUUUUAAUCUGUCCAUUCAGUUGGGGCAUCUAAACAAUGCCCUCAAGGCAGCGAAAAAAAUCGACAAGAAACACAUGUGGAACCUUCUAAGUGUUCAUGCAUUACUACUGGGUAAUUACGACAUUGCAGAAUAUGCCCUGUUGAGGAUGAAGGCCUACGACAAGCUAUCCUUCCUCUACCUCUUCAGUGGAAACGUGAAGAAGCUACAAAAGAUGCAAAAUAUUGCCAUCAUAAGGGGAGACUUAAUUUCCAUUUUCCUCAAUUCAUUGUACCUGGGAGACAUACAACAGAGGAUAAAUGUAUUUGUUCAGCAGAACCAGGUCAACUUAGCUUGGGCCUGCUCUCAACUGUACGACAUUCCCAUCAACUUAUCCGAAAGGAAUUUCGACUUUGACAUAAAUGAGUCUACCUUUUGCCCGGAGAAGUCUUUUUAUCUGUCCCCUCCUAUACCCAUUGUGAGAGUUGACCCCAGCUUAAGGCAGAAGAAGGACUCAUCGACGCAGCAACCACCAGAACAGAUGCGUCUGCCGGAAGUGGCGCAGGGAGCUCCUACGAUGAAGGACGCCACACCCAAGUGGGGAACCCCCUCCGCGUGGAAUGGAUCGUACAACUGGCCCGUCAUCAACCUGGAGAAGACAUUCCAGCCUAGAGCCGACCCCAGUGGCUCCCCAGCGCAGGCGGCCAAGAAAAAAGGGGCGGCAAAGUCAGACCAACGAAGCAACGCGUCGGACGAAGACGACGUGUGGAAGGACGAGGUCAACGACGAGGACAUCAUAAACAUCGACUUGGAUCUGGAAGACAACAAAGACCUCCUAAGCAAAAGCGCAGGGACGCCGAUAAGCAGCACCAAAAUCGAGCGACACGACAACCUAUACGAAAUCAUGGCCAAAAAAUACGGACGAAUCAUGGACCACAUAAGGACGGGAAAUAUAACCAGCGCAUUGAACUUAAUUUCGAAAAAAUAUGGCAUCGUGGAUAUGAAGCCAUUAAAAAUGAUUAUAAAAAAUGUGUACAUUUCGACCUAUGCUUAUCUGACCCCCAUCCCGAAUUUCGUUCCGUUGAAGUUUCCUGUAAACACAAAUGAGGAGACAACAGAUGCGAACAUCUACAUCAAUCAGCACUUCCUUUUCAAUCAGAUUAAAAAGGCACACAAAUUAGUCACUCUGGGAAAGUUUUCCACAGCUUUGAGCCUCUUCAGGAGUACCCUCUACCACAUGAUAUUUCUAAUCCCGUCUGAUAAGGACAGCGAAAUGAAUGAAUAUCUGCAUGUCUGUACUAGCUACAUCUUGGCCAUGAGAUUGGAGGAGGAAAGGAAUGCCACUGCCACGCAGGACCCAAGGAGGAGCUUAGAGCUGAUGGCCUACUUCACUUGCUGUCCGAUGCAGAACUCGCAUUUGUACUUAGUCCUCAGGAGAGGCAUGGGCCUCGCUUGGAAGGCGCAAAACUACGUCACAGCUGGAUCGUUCGCCAAACGGCUGAUAAACGGGAACUACGAGAGCAUCAAAGGCUCCGAGGAAGAGAUAGUUAAGGCGAAGAAAAUUCUCCUCAUGUGCGAGCAGAAAAGCACGGAACAGCACAGCAUUGACUACGACCCGAACGACUACCACAACAUGAGAGUAUGCAGCGUCAGCUUAACGAGGAUCAAGCCGAAUGAAGAAACAGUUAGCUGCCCGUUCUGCCAGUCCGUGUCGAAGCGAGAAUAUACGUCCAAGAUGUGUCCCAACUGUCUCAUCGCCCAGCUGGGCAAAAAGGCCCUCGGAUUUGACUUCCUAAACAAGAACGCAUGA